AUGUCAUCAAGUAUUAAACGAGCUUUUAAGGAUUCGACAAAUGAAAAAAAACGUAUAAAAGAUGAUUCCGCCAUUGAUUUAUAUUUUGAUAUUGAAGAAUUAAAACAUGACAAAUCUCAAUCUUCAUAUUCGAAAUCAAUAUUAUCUGAAUCAUUGAUGGAUAAUGAUUCAAUGUUUGAUGAUGACGUAUUUGAGAACAAGCAAAAUUUCAUUUUAUCUUUAUCAAAAACUAGUCAAAAUCGUAGCCGACAACGAUUAAAUGGAACAUCAACAUAUCAAACAAAAGAAAAUCAAAAUAAUCAAAAAAGUAAAACUAUAAAAAAAGAAACUAUUAUAAUUGAUCAAACAUUAAAUCAAUUACGUGAAGAACAAGCUCGUAUCGAUGCUCAUUCUCUCUCAAUUAUUGCCAAAUAA